AUGCUGCUUUUGAUGGAGCGAAAGGCCAUCAACGAAAUCGUGUACUCGGAUAUUCCAUCGGCGGAUCACAUUGCCCAAGUCAAGAACGUUGACACACUCGUUGCGGAUGACAGAGACCUAUUAGCCGUUGCAUUGGGUGCGCCAGCUCGACAAGUCAUCCUUCGAGCCGAGGGGGUAGGAUCCCAAAGUGGAUGGAAGGACGGAUACCUCAGCGCCGAGUAUGGGUUCAACGCACCCGACUCGAACGAAGCUGCCGGCGCUCUCGCCAACUGCCCUGGACGCGUCUGGUCCGAUCUUUGCGAGAGGAUGCCCGGUUGUGUCUCGCGAGGACGCGUCAGAGAGUCGGUCGCUGCUCUUCCCCUUGUCGAAGGAACCGAGGAAUAUGUCCCAGAUCAAGCACUCUGGGCUGCUAUCGUGGCUCUGGGCAUGUUGUGCUCCAUCUAUCGAUACGAAGACAAGAACGAUGGGUACGACGGUGUCAGCAUCAACUCGAUCUCAACCAAGCCUCGCGUCGAAAUGAGCAACGACCUCGGACCGGAACUCGUAGGGAUCCCGAGGACUAUCGGACUGCCUUACUGGCAGGUUUCACGACGUAUGGGACGGGCUAUUCCCCACCUUACCUUCUUCGACCAAGCGUCCUACAAUAUCAAAGUGCGCGACCCGACUUCUGUCUACCCAUAUGUUGGCCGCUUCGACAAUACCGAUCUUCGGUGGCCCAUGUUUGGAGAGCGCACCGAGAUUGCUUUCUUGAAGGGCUGUGCUGACACUUCGGCAUCCUUCCAACACGGCCCUGAUGCCAUCGCUGCUUGCCAGGAGCACGUCAUGAACCGAAACAACGAGGGCCUGUUGAGGGAGAUGAUCAGACUCAAAGAAAUUCUCGAAAGAAUGCCCAACGCCUUCCACUCCAUCUCAACCAACCCCAACUCGGGCGACAACUACGUCUCGGCGGCCGAGUGGGUACGAUGGGGCAAGUUUUCCGCGCCGCUGUCCAAGAGAUGCCCAGCCGCUUCCGGUCUUCAAUUCCCGCCGUAUCUUCUCAUGGACGCCUUCCUUGGCCGUAAGAAGUACGAUUCCUUCCUCGGCAACGAGGGUUUGCACCUACGCGCGUGGCUGCCGUCCAACUUGCGAGCUUUCAUUGCCUCUGUCGAGUACCACUAUCGGAUUCCAGAGUACGUCAGGGAGUCUGGCGACCCACGGCUCAUGGGCGUCUUUGACGGAAUCAUCGAGGCGUACACGGGUGAGCGAGGUUUCAUGGGCACGCAUAGGUACAAGGUGUUUGGUAUCCUGGAAGUGGCCUCCAAGACUGGCCGAACGGAAACGAAUGGUGCCUCUGGCGCCUUUGAUGAUUCAGGAAGGCCAUGGGAGGAAGUGCACCGCCAAUUCUCGGACGCCAUGAAGGAACGCUUGGAGCCCUAUCGCGGAAACAUUCCCGUCGAACCCCAUGAGAUGCGCGGAACCUUUGAGGAGUGUCGGUACAAGUCACGUAUCCUCUCUCGAUCUUUUGUCGACUCAGACCAUGAUCGGUCAAUCUCCAUGGUCACGCUUGAUCUACAUAACACUGGCAUCACUUUCCAGCCGGGCGACAGACUCGCGAUCAUGCCACUCAAUAGCUGGGAGGAAUGCGCCAAGGUAGCUGCUGCGCUCGGUUUGGACACGAUGCUUGAAAGCUCCGUUCUUCUUGACCGCAAGUGGUCUCGAUUCGCGGAACACUUGGAGACAGUCUCUAAUCACGGCGUUGCGGGCACCUCCACAAAGACAAGGAAACUCAUGGUCAAGGAUAUCCUCCGCCGAGGUCAUUUGGCACCGCUGACCCAGGAUCUCGUCCUCAAGAUCCAUGCCAUGCUGAGAGCCUCGUCGAACACGGUGCUCCAGGUGCUGGCGACAGAGGAGUGGCCUGUCCGCGGAUCACUAGGUGACCUUCUCCAAGCCGCUGUCAUGGAUACGCCGACGCACAUCUGGGACCAAGCAUUCGACCUCUCUAGCGACGUGGCGUGGCUCAGCGACCUCAUCUCGGUCGAGAUCCCGCGCACAUACUCCAUCUCCAACUACCCCGAGGAGCUACUCCCAAGCACCGUCGACCUCACAAUCUCACGGGCCGAGUACAAGCUCUGCGCCACGUUUGCCGGAAAGUCUGACAUCUCACGAUCAGGGGUGAGCAGUGGCUACCUCAACCCGCCCGUAGGCUCACCAGACGACUUCAUUGCCGACGAAGACGAAUUGCUUGUCGGUAUCUCCAGACCCAUCGCCUUCCAACUACCUCUCGAUGGCGCCGCGCCUUGCGCAUUCUUUGCCGGCGGCAGUGGCAUUGCCCCUUUUAGGAGCUUCUGGCAGGCUCGUGCUGGCCGCUCGGUCGGAAAGAACAUGCUUUUCCUGGGUGUUCAGAACAGGGAGAAGUUUUGCUACGAGGAUGAGCUCCGUCAAUAUGUCAACGCGGGGCUGAUGGAGGUUCAUCUCGCGUUUUCUCGUGAUAGCCGCGGUCUUGCGUAUGACCCCAUCAUGAGGGACCUCAUUGGGCGCCGAACUGAGCCACGAUACAUCGAUUCGCUCAUCGCCGAGCAAGGGGCUAGCGUGUGUGACUUGGUCAUGUCCAAGAAGCAAGGUGGCUUGGGAGGGUACCUGUACAUCUGCGGCUCCGUUGAUGUCUUUGACUCCGUCAUGAACGGGCUGCGCAAGGCCAUUUACAACCAUCGGACGGCGACCAUGGAGUCUACGGAUCUCAUCAUCACCACUGCCUUUGCCGAGCGGCGGAUUAUGUUGGACGUCUUCAUGACUCCGAAACCGCUUCCCUGUAAUCGACCAACCAUCCCACUCUCACAGCUGUCCGUUCAUACGGGACACAGGCCUGGGGGAAGGAUGUGGAUUGCCGUCCACGGCAGCGUUUAUGACGUGACGGACUUUUCCCCUAUGCAUCCGGGAGGCACUCUAAUUAUGAUGUCGAAUGCAGGCGUGGACUGCACAAAAUCCUUUGACAAUUUGGCGCACACGAACAAUCCGGAGGUGGCCAGCCUGCUCACAAAGUACUUCAUUGGCCAUCUGACCCCCAAGCCCGAGUAUCACGACUGCGAGGAGAUCAGUGGUCUGUACGACAUGUGGUCGGCGUACCUACGAACAACAGUCGAGACACUCGUCUCACAGCAAUUUGAAAUGGACGACAUCCUCGGCUCGUCGAAGCUCUGGUUCCAGGGCAGCCUCAUCAACAUGCUGGGUGUGCGCAUCUUCUACCAAUACCAAUCCCGCCUCCUCCAAGGAGGCUUCUCUGCCCUCUUUGGACCCAAAUUCCAGGAACUCGUCCUCAAAUUCUCCUUCAUGAUGGCCAACGCCGCAUCCGUCGGAUCCGAUGCCAAACUCCCCGACAUCCUCGGCAUCAUCGCCAGAGCAAAGACGUCCAACGACGCCGUCACGACCUCCAAGGAGGUCUCGCGCAUCGGCCAAUUCAUCUGCGACAGCGAACCCGCCCGCCUCAUGGAGCGCGGCAUCAUGGACUACGCCAACAAGUCGGUCCAGCUCGACAUUGAGCUCCUCGAGGACAUACGCGAGGAAGCCUGCCACGGCAUGGACGCCUUCGACACGGUCAUGAACCUCGAGUCCUCGUCCCAGUCCCAGCGCGUCAUCGUCCUCUGCCAGUUCCUUAUGCAGACCCUCGAGCGCAUGGCCAAGCGCCUCGAAGUCUUCUACUCCAAGCUGGCACAGUGCUCCAUCUACCACCCCGAACUCGAGCGGAACCCAGCCCGCACCCGCUGGGACCUCGUCAAGCGCCGCGUCCGCGACGGGUCCUUCUUCAUCCUCACCCAGAGCACCGUCAUCGGCGGCGUGCCGUCCUACAAGUCCUCCGCGGCCGUGGGCGAGACCGUGGUGUUUGACAAUGUCCUCUCGCAGAUCCAGCAGACGAUCCGCAACGCGCCUCAUAUCCCCAGCCCGUCGGUGCAGCAGCAGCAGCAACAGCAGAUAAUGCACCUCAACGAACGCCACCGCGUGCGUACCGAAGCACCCCUCAAUGGCGCCACGGCAUUCGAAUCCCACCAGAACAGCAACGCCCUGAACCGCAUGUCCACCUUCAUCGACAAGAACAUGCGCGCCAUCCGCCGCCUGAGCAAAAUGCCCCCGAUGCCCCUCAACAUGACCUUUGAGCAAAUGGUCGCCGCCAACCAGCCGCAGUUCCACGCCAACGGGGUCACAACACCUCCUUCGAGCCGCGGCUCAAGUCGCUCGCCCACCCGAGGCCGCCUCCCGUCCACAAACGCGCUUCAUAUCCGAGGCUUCACGCGCUCUCGCACGCCGUCGGUGGCAGAAGAGUCCAUGAACCGCAUCACCCUCAACCAGCGCGGCACAGCCAGCUCAGACGGCUCGCGGUCCGGCUCGUCGCUUUCGCAUCACCAGUACGGUCAUCACGGGCAGCAGGGUGCGAUGCCGAUGAUGAUGAUGAUGAUGGGGCAUCAUGGGCACGGCGGAGGCGGCGGCGGCGGCGGCGGCAUGCCUCACCACUUCCCGCCUACGCCAAUUGCAACGCCGCCGCUUGAUUCCAGCACGGCGAUCCAAUCCAUGGUCAGCCGGCUUAACCUGAAGUCGAGGAGUGUUGCGGGGUCGUUGCCUGCGUCGCCGGCCUUGUCGCUGGACGAGAAGGGCCGGGUGGCGCGGAUGUCUGCGCAGACGGCUGCUUCGGCGCAUAACCCGCGGAAUCGGUCGACGAGCACGCUGAGGUCGUUUAAGUUGAGGGAGUUGGUGGCGAAUCAGGAGCAGACGAGGGUUGCGCCGACGUUUUAG